AUGAGAAGAGGGCGAGGGCGAGGGCGGCCGCCGAAGAACACGGUGCCUCCGCCAACAACAUCCCCACUGAGGUCACCUCCAAAACAACAAUCAGAACUGAGAAGCCAUCAAGUAAGCAGCAGUAGAAUAACUGAAGAAGAGAUUCUGAAAAUUGAAACCCUGGAUGAACGUCCUGGUAAACCUAAUCAAGAAGAAAUGGAAAUCGCCACUCAAUCGAAUGAUGCUUUACUAGAUGCGGUGCCUAAGAAACCUGAGACUGGAAAAUCUAUGCAUGAAGGAGCCUUUGAGGAAGGUCGCAAACUAUGGGUAGAUGUGCUAAAGGAUAAUAGAAAUCCGACGAAGGGUAGAGCUAUGAAAUUCAUCGCACCCCAAGUCGUGAAUGGGAAACCUGAAGUUGUAAUCGAGGAAGAUGAUAUUAUCUCUGAAGUCAAAUUUUGGGAAUCCUCCUUGAUUUUGUACGCAAUGGGAGUAGACCUAAGCAUGAAUGCGGUUAAGAAUUUCAUGACCAAGAAUUGUAACUUUGUUCAAUUGCCGGAUAUGUAUUACAAUGGUGAAGGUUAUUUUAUCCUUCGAUUCAAGUCAUUCAAGGAUCGAGAUGAAGUUUUGCUGAGAGGACCAUACAUGAUAAGAAAUAUCCCUCUGCUGAUUCGUGAAUGGAGGCCAGGUUUCAAGGUCAAAGAUGAACUCCUGCGAACCCUACCUAUUUGGGUGAAACUGCCUCAACUACCCAUCAUUCUGUGGGGUGAUACAAGUUUAAACAAGAUAGGAAGUGUUCUUGGCAACCCCAUCAUGACAGAUGAAUGUACGGCAAACAGACUCCGAGUAUCCUAUGCGCGAAUACUUGUGGAAAUGGACAUUACAAAAGAACUUCCACAAACAAUUACCAUUGGUGAUAAUGAAGGAGAAAAGAUCCAACAAGCUAUUGAGUAUGAAUGGAGACCCUUGUUCUGUAGUAAAUGUCAAAAGGUUGGCCAUAGCUGUGACAAACCUAAAGUGACACAACAAUGGAAACCUAAACCUGCACCAUAA